CAAACCCCCUUCUUAUCCUGCAGGUGAAGGCGUCUACCAGAACCCUAACAGGAAGGCGGAAGCUGCUCAGUCUACACUUGUUUCAGAGUUCAGAAGUCCUCCCUAGGAAGAAUGCUCUCCCCGAUUAAACAGUCCCCCUCAACUAAGUCUCAGGUGUAUCUAUGGCCACGUCUCUCCAAAGCCCCAAGGCUCUGUCACCUAAGCCAGGGGAACUUGCUGGUCGACGUCCCUCGCCUUCCUCCCCGCCCCGCUUUGGUGCCCUAUUGUGCGCAGCUAGGGCACUGCCAAGUAACUCCUUUUAUGGUGAGAGGAUGGAUUCUUCGUCGUCUCCCCGCCCAAGUCUGGUACCUACCCACCCGUCCACCCACACGUCUGCCAAGUCCCACCCGGAGCGCUCGGGCGUACACACCCACGCACAAACCGCACACCCACUUCUCCUCUCCGCUCCGCCGCUCUCGGGUAGAGUCCUAAAGAAACGGCCCUGACGUCCCAAGACCCACAUGCUCGCUCCGCUGCGGGUGGAAGUGAGAGAAUUCCCUCUAACCCGCAGAGGGUCAUAGACCAGACGCUGGUCCCAGCAUCAUCCCCACUAAAUACCCAGCUCAGGAGUGGCAAAGCGCGUGCAGGGACUUCCCUGGGACUCGUCCCGGGUGCUCUCGGUAUCUCUGAGAGAGGGAAAGCACUGGAGAGCCCCCCCGCAGCCCGGUGGCACCUUGGCAGGUCCCUCUAAACCUCCCCAGGCUCUCCGCUCCGCCCCCUAUCACCAGGCUCCCGGGCGGUGCUAUAGGAAGACUCGCUCCGCCCCUUUUCCGGGCCAGCCAAUGGGCGCCCGGGCCGCGCGCUGACUGUCUCCGCCCCCGUUGGGGAAACUUGCGGGAGGAGAAAAGUUUGUACAGAGUCUGCAGGAGCGAGAGCGAAGCUCGAAACCCGGCGGCGGGAGAGGAAGAUGAACAGCCCCAGGUCAGAGCCCCAGGCCCAGUGGACCCCGCGCCGCCCCCAGAGCACCAGGAGCGGCCUCCGCGGCAGCCGCCUUCUGCGGUAGCUGUCCGUUCAGCCCGCGGCUGGGGAGGAGGGAGCCCGGACCUACGCUCCGUUCCACCUGCACGCGUGGCGGCACACCUGGACGCUGCCCUCCCGCACCAGAUCUGCGGGCUCUGCAAAUCUGAGACUUGCCUUUGAACGAAGGAGGGUGGGGGGGUCAAUCAAACAAGAAACCCAAGACCCGUCUUCACUGAGCCUCGCUUGCUUUCUAAGCUUUUUGAAAGCUUGAUCCUCUGACCUCAGUUCCGGAAAGUUGGCAGCCACCGAGACCCGGUUCCGAGGGGGGCAAAGGCUUGACAAGUUCCUCACUGAGCGCAAAGAGACUGAUGGCUGAGGUUAGAGGCCGGUCCAGAACGUCUGAGGCCUGAACCUUGGGGCGCACCGUGCUCCUAACCCCACCCUACAGGUAAGUUGGGAUGGAGGUCUUUCCGUGGACAGCACAGUGAGUGGCCAGGCGCUCUUUCGGGGAAAUCAAAGAACAGAAUGUGCUUCUCAAAUUGUCCAUAACUUGUUUCAAUGAGAAUUUUAUCGACUCUGUCGGGAAUAUCACUAGCGAGUCACUUUUCCCUAGAGAAGGGUCUUGCUCAUCUUGGCGAUGGAGUGAGUGGAGGGGGGGGGGUAGGCGGGAAUGGCAGUUAUCAGCUUAUAAAUAUUAAUGUCAGCAGAGUGGUGCUCUUGGCAGGACCCAUUCAGAGCUUGAGAAUUUGAGUAGCCACAGUUAGUGAGUGGCUACAGAUCAGGAAGUCGGAUCCGGUUGCUCUCCUUGUCUCAUUGACAUAGCAUUUCUGGCCAUGGGUCGAACACCUUGCAAGUGGUAAGCGGUUCACCUCUCUCAUUCCUCCCUCACCAUCCCUAGAUAGAACCGUGAGCUCCAAAGCUGUGUACUACUGCCCACCAUCAUGUCCAUUCCCGGGGCCAAUGCGUCCUUCUCCUCCGCUUCGGAGAGGCUGAACAGCCCAGUGACCAUUCCGGCAGUGAUGUUCAUCUUCGGGGUCGUGGGCAACCUGGUGGCCAUCGUAGUGCUGUGCAAGUCGCGCAAGGAGCAGAAGGAGACGACCUUCUACACUCUAGUAUGUGGGCUGGCUGUCACUGACCUACUAGGCACGUUGCUGGUAAGCCCAGUGACCAUUGCCACAUACAUGAAGGGCCAAUGGCCCGGGGACCAGGCACUGUGUGACUACAGCACCUUCAUCCUACUCUUCUUUGGCCUGUCGGGUCUCAGCAUCAUCUGUGCCAUGAGCAUUGAACGCUACCUGGCCAUCAACCACGCCUACUUCUACAGCCACUACGUGGACAAGCGACUGGCGGGCCUCACGCUCUUCGCCGUCUAUGCAUCUAACGUGCUGUUCUGCGCACUGCCCAACAUGGGCCUGGGCAGGUCUGAGCGACAGUACCCCGGCACCUGGUGCUUCAUCGACUGGACCUCCAACGUGACGGCCUAUGCCGCCUUCUCUUACAUGUACGCGGGCUUCAGUUCCUUCCUCAUCCUCGCCACCGUGCUCUGCAAUGUGCUCGUGUGCGGCGCGCUGCUCCGAAUGCACCGCCAGUUCAUGCGCCGCACCUCGCUGGGCACGGAGCAGCAUCAUGCGGCCGCCGCCGCAGCAGUGGCUUCGGCGGCCUGUCGGGGCCACGCGGCCGCCUCCCCAGCCCUGCAGCGCCUCAGCGACUUUCGCCGCCGCAGGAGCUUCCGGCGCAUCGCGGGCGCGGAGAUCCAGAUGGUCAUCUUACUCAUCGCCACCUCCCUGGUGGUGCUCAUCUGCUCCAUUCCGCUGGUGGUGCGAGUGUUCAUCAACCAGUUAUAUCAGCCAAGUGUGGUGAAAGACAUCAGCCGGAACCCCGAUUUGCAGGCCAUCAGAAUUGCUUCCGUGAACCCCAUCCUGGACCCCUGGAUCUAUAUCCUUCUGCGCAAGACUGUCCUCAGUAAAGCCAUAGAGAAGAUCAAGUGUCUCUUCUGCCGCAUAGGUGGGCCCGGCAGGGACGGCUCGGCGCAGCACUGUUCGGAGAGUCGGAGGACAUCCUCUGCCGUGUCAAGUCACUCUCGCUCCUUCCUCUCUCGGGAGCUGAGGGAAAUCAGUAGCACAUCUCAGACCCUCCUGUACCUGCCUGACCUAAGCGAAAGCAGCCUCGGAGGCAGGAAUUUGCUUCCAGGUGUGCAUGGCAUGAGCCUGACCCAAGCCGACACCACCUCACUGAGAACUUUGCGAGCGUCAGAGACCUCGGACUCCUCCCAGGGCCAGGACUCGGAGAGUGUCUUGUUGGUGGAUGAAGUUGGUGGGGGCGGCAGGGAGGAGCCUGCCCCUAAAGGAAACUCUCUGCAAGUCACGUUCCCCAGUGAGACGCUGAACUUAUCUGAAAAAUGUAUAUAGUAGCUGAAGGGGUGGGGAGGGAGCACUGUUUCGGGAACUUUAUAAAAUCCUGUGCAAUAGACAUCCACGUGUUUAGCUGUACUCAGAAGGGCUGUCUUCGUCUGCGAUCCUAUUCGAGAACAUUCGAGCUUGUGAGAACUCUUCAGUGCUGCGGAUGAGUCCCCUGAGUGCCGAGGCCUGAAGCACAUUGGCUGUCACUCUGACGGGACUCAAGACUGCAGCUGGAACUUGCCAGCUUUUUCUACUGGAUAGGAAGAUGGCAGAAGCUACGUAUUUUCAUAACAUCAGAACUUCCGAUUUGGCACAUACCAGAGGUCCAGAUACUGGAAGGGCUCUACCCCAAACUCUGAGGACUGUCUUACAGCUGAUUUAAGUGUCUCACUAAAGCAUGAAAUGUGAAUUUUUAUUGUUGGAACUAUAAUUUAAGGUAUUUAUGUUCUUCUCUGUGAGAAGGUUUAUUGUUAAUACAAGGUAUAAGAAAAUGAUGAUAUGCCCUCUCCUGCCAGUAUAACCAGCUAAUAUUGUCGAUGUUAUUUUUUUUCCAUAAACAAGUCAGGCCAAAGUAUUGAAAACAGAGUGAAAUUUAUAUCUAUAAAAUAGAUACAAAUUUUUAAAGAGUUUAGUAUUAUCAAAGGAAAAAGAAAGAAUAUUAUUUAAGAUGUGAAAAUUAAACAACCUAAAAUAUAUUUUCCAAGCUAUAUAUAAUAAAGAAAAAAUUUAGAAACAUAAUAUUACAUUUAUUUAUCCAGAAAACUGUGAUUUCAGGAGUACCUAACAUUGCUGGUAAACAUUUUCAGACUUUGUCCCCAGUAAUUGGUAUUUUUAAAGAUGUAACAUACUUUUUUAAAGUCUCUGACUACCCAUAACUGAAGUGUGUAGUAUAAACAGUCUAAGUGGCUUGUUCUGUCCUGAAGGCCUGUGUAGUUUUACUUGCCAGCAGAAUGUCUGACAGCAUCCUUUCAAAUUUAAAGAGGAAGGUGGCUCUUCGUUUGGUGUGGUUUCCACUCUGUGGUGUGUUUCAACAGAUACUGAGAGUUUUGUGUAGUCCAGUUCUACUGUACCUGUGUUUGGAGGCGCUUUCUCAGAGAAAUCUUAAGCAUGCUUUGUUGCUUAAUGUGUUCUUGUGAAAUGCUUGGUUGUGACUGAAUUCUGAGCCUGAUACUGAUAAGGGUUUAAAGAGUAGUUGAACCAACUGAAAUUAUUCCAGAGAUUACAAUAAAUAAUUGCAUUCAAUCUGAGUUCCAUAGCUUCAAUUUUGGAAACCGUGUAUGGGGUUUUUUGCCACUGUUUUGUUUUGGGGUGCCUUCUAUAGCCUUUUAAAUUGAAAGAGUUCUUUUUGUUUUGUCUGAAGCUUGAAGACACUUUUAUUAGAUUUUGAAGAAAAACUCCAAGGCAACAAGUUGUAAAUCUCACCAGCUGCCCAGAGGACAGAAGAGAGAAAGGGCCAUGGCAUUUCAGCUGAGUGGGCAUGGAGGUCAGACACAUGGCAGACAGCAGCCACACAGUAGGAAGAAGAGCUUGAGAGAGAGAGAGCACAACAUACCAAAAUAAACACACUCGGCUCUGACUAGCAUCUGAAAGGAUGAGACAGAAAAGACAAAAAAUGAAGUCAUGCCUCUGAGUAAGGGUCCUAACAGGUGGGCAGACCCAUCAGAAGCUCGUGGCAGCCAAGAAUCGACGGCAUAGAGGGAAGGAAUUCUAGCAAAGUGCAUUAUCUCUAGGUGGAGAGUGGAGACAUGCCAUGUCUCCUGAGUUAAUCCAGUUGGCCAUGUCAAUCACCUGGCCAAGAGGCAUACCCUUAGGAAGUAGGGUCCACCUUAAGCUAUACUAAAGAGAUAGGAAGAUUAAUUAUUUCCUUAACGAUAAACUGAAUUUUUAAACAUUUAAAAUGAUGCUAUUAUUAAAAUGUCAUUCAUAGUAUAUUCUAUCUACUUAGUGGAGAACAAGUGGUAUACUUAGGAACCAUGAUCUAAGUGACAGACAACUAGUACUCAAUGUCACCAGUUUAUGUUGCUGGUGGGAGAAGCGAUGUCAUACUUAACUAGCUGCAUGCUCAAUGUCCAAGUAAUUAUCACUAAUUAUUAACAUCAAUACUUCCUAUUCUCCGGAUCAGCGUUUCUGAGACAUUAGCCUGCACAAGUCAUCAAUAGAACAUAUCUUCCUCCCUUCCUUCCCCUGCUUUUUCUUUUUCUUUCUUUUUCUUCCUUCCUUCCUUCCUUCCUUUUCUUUUCUUUCUUUCUUGCCUGUCUGUCCAUCUGUCUUUCUUGACAGACUCUUGCUCAAGCUGGCCUGUGACUCCUGUGGAGUGUGGAGAUUACAGAGCUGCACCAGCACACCCAGCAGCAGCCUCUGAUUCUUUCCUGGGUGACACCGACGCUGUCCGUUUUAGGAUAGACUUUAGCAAUAAUCUCUGGGCCUGAGGUCAUGGUUUGCUAUUUGCAAGUACUUCAAGAUAUUUUUAGAUAGUGUCAGAAAAGCAAGACACCAUCUUUGCAGGCCUACUGGCUCUGGGAUUAAGGUAAGGAGCAUGCGGAUUUAACUUCUAAAAUGUUUUCUGUCACUAUCUGAAUGAAUGCCUAAGAAACAAUGGUUUCAGAAAAAGUGCUGUGAAUACGGAUUUUGUCUUCACAAAUAUGAUCCAUAGAGAUCACCCAUCCCUAGAUUUAUAUAUAAAUUAAUGCAUGUAUAUAUAACCUCACUUACAUCCCUGGGGCAAGCAAAGCCUCACUCAUGAAUUAGCAUUACUAAUAAGCACGACAUAUCUCAUUCAUGUUUACUUCAGGUUCACUCCCAAGAACACUGACUUGGCUUAAUCUUGUUUACUGAAAUUCACAUACUAUGACAUUUAUUCUUUAAAGUAUACAUCCUUUAAAAUGUUUUAGUAAGCUCAACUAAAAAAAAAAUCACUGAUGUCCAAUUCCCAAAUAUUUUCAUCAUCCCAAGAAAUCACCUGCCAUCUGCAAUCAAUCCACACUGUUCAGCCCUAGCCCCUGACAACCAAUAUAUGCCUAUUGAUUUCUCUAUUGUGAACAUUUUAUACAAGGGAAAUAAUGCAGUAACUGGCAUUGUUUGUUGGCCAUCUUUGUGUUAGAAUAACAUUUUCAUGGUUUGUUGAUAUGGCAACAUUAGUCAAUAUUUUAUUCCUUAUGUCUGAAUAAUAUCCCAUGAACUGCCAUACCACUUUUUAGAAUCCACACACUAAUUAGACCAGUGUUGCAUUGAUCUCAUUUUUUGGCUACUGUAAAUAAUGCUGCUAAGAACUUCUUUGUGUAUAAAUGUUUUUAACCCUUUCGGGUUCAUAACUGGGAAUGAAAUUCUAAGCUCAGUAUUUUGAGGCAACGUUGAACUGUUUUCCACGUGACUAUAAUAUUUUACAUUGCCACCAGCAAUGUAUAAGACCUUGAUUUUUCAAUAACCUUGCACUAUUUAUUGUUGUAUUUUUAUUAUAGCCAUCUGAUGGGCAUGAAGUAGUUUCACUGCAUAUCCUAAUGACUAAUGAUAUUUUGCAAGUAUAUACAUAGUUACUGGCUGGUUUUAUAUUUUAGAGAAAUGUCCACUGAAGAUUUUGUUUCCAUUUUUAGUGGUUUAUAUGGCUACGAUAAUCUGCCAAGGCUGCCACAGACUGGAUGGCUUAACCAACAAAAAUUUAUUUCCUCAGAGUUCUAUUGGCUGGAAGUUCAAGUUUAAGGUGUUGGCGGGGUUGGUUUCUCUUGAGGCUUCUCUUGUUGGUUUUUGGAUGACAACCUUCUCAAUAUGUUCCUACAUGGCCUUUGUCUUUAUUUCCAUGCUGUAUGCAUAUCUCCGCUCACACAUAUACCCCAUUAUAAAACACCAGGCACACUGGAGAGAACCUCACCUUGAUAUCCUUCCUGUGAAAGCUUUAUCUCCAAAUACAUUCAUAUUUAGGAACUUGAGAGUCAACAAAUGAACUUGACAGGUACACAAUUUAAUUUAUUGCUGAAUCUAGUAUAUACUUUAAAGAACAGCCAAGGGAAAAGAAGGCCACCAUUUCUCAGUCAUUUAUUCCAUUUACUAUAAGCUAAACUUUUUAGCCUUGAAUAUGAAGUUAGAAAAAUCCAUGCUACGCCAAGCAUUUUCCGUAAACUACCUGAAUUAGUUUCAGAACAAAAAGAAAUGAUACUUUCUCCACCAUCGCCCUACCUCAUGCCUUCUGACUACUACGUCCAAAGCUGAGCCUGAUUCUGAAACUAUGCUCUCAUGAUUGCAUUCCACGUCCAUGAGAAAAGAAACUAGAUAACAAAGCUUGACAGCAAGAGACCAUUUAAUCACAUGAAGCUGCCAUGGGCCACACACAGGUGGUGCUUUAGAGACAAACUGGAAUCACAUGGGGUCAAGGAAGAGGGGAAGAGAACUGGAUCUCUAGUUCUCAAACAGCAUCAACAUCUCUGCCAUUCAUUCAUUCAUUCAUUCAUUCAUUCAAUACCUCCAUUCAUUAUCUCCAGUUCCCACCACGGAAGAAGGGGACAGAAGAGAACACCAAACUUACCUAUGCCUUAAACAACACUCACUUACAAUUUCAACAGGUACAUUAUUACUUUUCCUUCUUGA